UUCUAAAGUAUCCAUGAAGUUGUGGUCAGUGGUGGAUCUCAGGGUCCUGCAAGAUGGACAACGGAAUUGCUUCCCCGAUUGGACUAUUGAUCGCCUGAAGCAAUUGCCAGCCAUUUUUUGCGCAGAUGUGGUUCAAUAGACGGGCUGACGGACUCCAUCCGCCGCGGUCCAGCCGAUCGGAAACACGAUCAAUCGCGAUACCCACCGAACAAGCAUGUCUGACUUUCUCGAAUAACGCAUCCACACACCUCGAAAGAAGGAAGGGCGAAACUUCCAUGGAUCGAUGUGUCGAUCUGCAUCUCAUUGCUUUUUCCCCUCUUUUUUCCUUCUUUGUCGCCUGUCCUCCCUUUUCUUUCUUUUUGAGUUCCAGAUUCCGCCCGGCGACCGUCUCAGUCGGCCCACUCUUCCAACAUCGUCGUCACUUGUCGCACAAUAGAUUCCAUUACUACUAUAGCCUAACCGGCUCGUCGGUGCCCAAUACCCGGGAUCAAAACUACUAGUAUGCCCGGAAGACCAUCCGCGUGAACGGAUCGGAGAGUAAGAAGCCAAUCAAACCAGAACCGUUGAUCCCGACAGUCUGUCACACAAAUCCUC